AGUUUUGUAUGAAAUGGAACUUUAUUAUAUAAGCAAUGUCGAGUGAACAAUUGUCUCAAGAAUCUCGAUUAAGUUUAAGAAGAGAUUAUCGAAGUCUUUUAAAAGAAACCGAAGAAAGUAGAAAUGAAUUGGAAGUCCCUACUUCUACAGGCCUUACAGAGGGCUUGAAUAAAUGCAAUGAACUUUUUUCAAGAGUUGAAACUUGUAGGGAAGCUGUCCUCGAUUCUGAAUACCUCGUUGUUUCUUCCUCGAUUGCUUUAAAAAAAUCGUUAAAUUUGAAUUUAAAUUUUGUUUCGUUUGAUGCCACAUUUUACGUGAACAAAGUAAAAGAAUUUAUAAAUAGAGCAGAUUUCCUUGACAAUUCUGAGUUGAAUCGAACUUGUCGGCAGUUUGAAUGGGCUUUUCUCGGAAAACACGUUGAAGAGCUUUUUAGCGGGAGGCCGCCCAGAAUUGAUUUUAUCUCGGGAGCGCUAAGCCAAGUGGUUCCGGAAGGAAAGUCACGCCAGAGAAGACAGACGGGCAGGACGACCAGCGCCAGCGAGGAAGACGCCCGCCCAUUUACGGACGGCAAUGAGAGCGGCCAGGAAGAGGCGACGACUCGCGAAGUGGCCCGAGUCGCAAAGUAUAGUGGCUUUGUGUACCUGCGGCGGCUGCGGAGGCCCAUGUGCCUUUUCCGCUUUAUUAUGAAUCCCUUCUCGUUCGUAGCUACCGUCGAGAAUAUCUUCUAUCUUUCCUUUCUGGUGAAGGACGGAUGGGCGGCCAUACAAUUGGACAAAGAUACCAAUUUGCCUACGAUUGAGCCCGCUACUCCUGGUAUUGAGCACGAGACUUCAUCCGAAAGGAACCAGCUUGUUUGGAGUUUUACGAUGAACGAUUGGACGGCCGCAGUAAAAGCCUUUGACAUCAAACGGCCCUUCAUUCCCCCGGCUGCCGACGAGGAGAGCAGCGAAGCACGCGACGACCAGGAAUCCGACUGAGGGCUAAUCAAUUUCUUUCCCUUCCACGUGCUAUGCGGCAGUUGUCCGGAUUCCCGCUUUC